AUGAUAUCAGAAAAUUCUGCUAAAGAGAGAAACCCAUUGGUGUUUUUAGAUAUAUCUAUCGAUGGCGAGACAGCUGGCCGAGUUGUUAUAGAAUUAAGAGAUGAUAUUGUUCCUAGAACAGCCGAAAAUUUUAGGGCUCUGUGCACAGGAGAGAAAGGGAUUGGUAAAUUAGGAAGACCUUUACAUUAUAAAGGUGUUCGCUUUCAUAAAGCUAUUACACAGUUUAUGGUUCAAGGAGGUGAUAUUAUAAAUGGGGAUGGUACAGGUGGUGAAAGCAUAUAUGGAACAACUUUUGAAGAUGAGAACUUUAUUCUAAAGCAUGAAGCUGGUGUCUUGAGUAUGGCAAAUUCUGGGCCCAACACCAAUGGCUCCCAGUUCUGUGUGACGAGUGUGCCCUGUCCCCACCUUGAUGGAACUAAUGUCGUCUUUGGGCAGGUGUUAGCUGGUCUUAGGAUUUUGGAGGAAGUUCAGAAAACUGCGGAUGACUCUCGACCCACCGUUGAAUGUAUCAUCGAGGAUUGCGGAGAGCUAAAAGAUGAGACGUGGGAUGUCCGCUGUCGGGAUGGAACGGCAGACCGUUUGCCCGAGUACCCGGAAGACCUGAGGGAGGAGCCGAGUAUAGAAGAUCUGCUGGCCGGUAUCCUGAACGUGAAGUCCAGCGGCAACGAGCUGUUCGGAGCCGGCCGGUUCAAGGGCGCGGCUCGGAAGUACCGCAAGUGCCUGCGCUACUUGGAGCUCGUCGGAGACGCGGCCGCGGGCUCGUGCCGGUCCCAGUGCAGCCUGAACCUGGCCGCCUGCUACUCCCGCCUGGGGCUGCACGCCGCCUGCGUCGGCCCAUGCUCGGAGGCGCUCCGCCUGGAGCCCGGAAACGGGAAGGCGCUGUACCGGAGAGGCCGCGCGCACUUCGCCCUCAAGAACUACGAGGCGGCCCUCCGCGACCUCCGCGAGGCCGACAGGGCUUCGCCCCGCAACGGGGCCGUCCUGCGGCUGCUGGAAGAGGUGAAGGCGACCAGCAAGACCUACGACGACGUGCAGAGGCGGAGGCUGGCCAAGUUUUUUCGAGAGCAGAGGGGCGCCGCGGCCCUCGGCCCCCACUGA